CUGCCGGGUCGUUGUUGGGUUGGAGGUUGGAGAUACGUGACACUCGUUCCCCUCAGCUCCGGCCCGCGUUGCUGAGCCCUGGGCCGUGCUGCUCUAUCGCUCUCACGGUUCCGGGAUGUGCAGGAUGGUCCCUGCCGUUUUUGCACGAAGCAGCUGAGAAGGACGGGAACUCAAGAUGAGAACCAACAAAGUGUACAAGCUUGUCAUACACAAGAAGGGCUUUGGAGGCAGUGAUGAUGAACUGGUGGUUAAUCCUAAGGUAUUUCUUCAAAUCAAACUGGGAGAUGUUGUGGAAAUUGCACAUCCCAAUGAUGAAUACAGCCCUCUGCUCCUGCAAGUGAAAUCACUGAAGGAAGACUUGCAGAAAGAAACCAUCAGUGUGGAUCAGACUGUUGCACAGGUUUUUCGACUGCGGCCGUACCAGGAUGUCCAUGUGAAUGUCGUUGACCCAAAGGAAGUGACCUUGGACUUGGUGGAAUUGACUUUUAAAGAUCAGUACAUUGGCCGUGGAGAUAUGUGGCGACUGAAGAAAAGUUUGGUCAGCACAUGCGCAUAUGUCACCCAGAAAGUGGAAUUUGCAGGUAUCAGGGCACAAGCAGGUGAACUAUGGGUUAAGAGUGAGAAAGUCACUUGUGGAUUCAUCAGUGAGGACACACGGGUGGUUUUCCGCUCCACUUCUGCCAUGGUUUAUAUUUUCAUCCAGAUGAGCUGCGAAAUGUGGGAUUUCGAUAUCUAUGGGGACUUGUACUUUGAGAAAGCAGUGAAUGGUUUCCUUGCUGACCUCUUCACAAAAUGGAAGGAGAAGAAUUGUAGCCAUGAAGUGACAGUGGUUCUGUUUUCUAGAACGUUUUAUGAAGCAAAAUGUAUAGACGAGUUUCCUGAAACACAUCGUGCAUCAAUUCGGCAGGAUCAUGAGGGAAGGUUUUAUGAAGAUUUUUACAAAGUUGUAGUUCAGAAUGAGAGACGAGAGGAGUGGACCUCAUUGCUUGUGACUAUUAAAAAGCUUUUCAUCCAGUAUCCUGUGCUGGUACGACUGGAGCAAGCAGAGGGCUUCCCUCCAGGUUUCAAUUCUACAUCAGCACAAGGGAACUACUUAGAGGCCAUCAAUCUUUCAUUCAAUGUGUUUGACAAGCAUUACAUAAACAGGAACUUUGAUCGGACUGGCCAGAUGUCUGUGGUCAUCACUCCUGGUGUGGGUGUGUUUGAAGUCGAUCGCCUCCUUAUGAUUCUGACCAAACAGCGGAUGAUAGACAAUGGCAUUGGUGUGGACUUGGUAUGCAUGGGAGAGCAACCGUUGCAUGCUGUACCACUCUUCAAGCUCCAUAAUCGCUGUGGACCUGGGGAUUCCAGGCUGGGUGAUGACUACAAUAUUCCACACUGGAUAAAUCAUAGUUUCUACACAUCCAAAAGCCAGCUUCAGUGUAACAGCUUCACUCCACGGAUCAAACUGGCAGGAAGGAAACCACUGACUGAGAAAACAAAAAGUAGCCGAGAUGCCUCAUUAGGAGCUCCAAAAGAUGCUGAGAAUGCGCUGCCUAUCCAGGUUGAUUAUGAUGGCUAUGAUGCCCAGGUGUUCAGACUGCCAGGUCCAUCCAGAGCUCAGCGCUGCACCACUUUUAGAUCCGUCAGGGAGAGAGAAAGUCGUACCAGAAAGAGCUCUAGUUCCUAUGAUGUGUCGUGCAGCCCUUCUCUGCAGAGCCGUGUGCUGCCCUCAGAGGAGGUGAGGAGCCAGGCUUCUGAUGACAGCUCUCUGGGCAAGAUCUCCAACAUCCUGAUGAUCCCACGACCUCACCUGCACCAGUACGAAGUCAGCAGCUCUUUGAGCUAUACCGGCACCAGAGAUGUCCUUGAGAACAUGCUGGAGUCUCAGCAACGUGACUCCAGUGCCCCAGGGAGGUUCCAUGUUGGCAGUGCAGAAUCCAUGCUGCACAUUCGGCCUGGAGGAUGCACACCCCAGCGAGCGCUGAUCAAUCCGUUUGCUCCAUCACGCAUGCCCAUGAAACUUACCUCUAACAGGAGGCGCUGGAUGCACACCUUCCCUGUGGGUCCGUCAGGAGAAGCAAUCCAGAUCCAUCACCAAACUCGGCAGAAUAUGGCAGAAAUGCAGGACAGCGGGCAGCAGGAUUUGACACACUCCUCUGCUGAGCUGCUGGAGCUGGCUUAUCAUGAGGCAGCUGGCAGGCACAGCAGUUCUCGGCAUCCAGGUGACGGUGCCUCCUUCCUGGGCUUCAGUGGCACAGAGGAGUAUUCCAAUGGUCUGGCUGGCAGCAAUAGUGCAGGAAUUAAUUUCAAAACUCAGAACAAGGAUUCAUCAGAAGAUGCUGUCUCUAACUCUUCAGAUCCAAUUCUGACACUGUCUGCUCCCCCCGUAGUGCCAGGCUUCUGUUGUACAGUUGGAGUGGACUGGAAAUCUCUCACUACUCCGGCGUGUCUCCCUCUGACCACGGACUACUUCCCUGACCGCCAGAGCCUGCAGAAUGAUUACACCGAGGGCUGCUACGAUCUCCUCCCAGAGGCUGACAUGGACAGGAGAGAUGAGGAAGGAGUGCAGAUGACAGCCCAGCAGGUGUUUGAGGAGUUUAUUUGUCAGCGUCUCAUGCAAGGCUAUCAGAUUAUUGUGCAACCUAAACCACAGAAGCCAGCCACAACUGUGCCACCCCCGCUCAGCAGCAGUCCCCUUUACAGUCGAGGCCUUGUUUCAAGAAAUCGACCUGAGGAAGAAGAUCAGUACUGGCUGAGCAUGGGCCGUACUUUCCACAAAGUGACAUUAAAAGACAAAAUAAUUACUGUGACUCGAUAUCUGCCCAAGUAUCCAUAUGAAUCUGCUCAGAUAAACUACACUUACAGCUUGUGCCCUUCUCACUCUGACUCUGAAUUUGUCUCUUGCUGGGUAGAGUUUUCCCACGAGAGAUUAGAAGAGUACAAGUGGAAUUACUUGGAUCAGUAUAUCUGCUCUGCUGGCUCAGAGGAUUUCAGCCUUAUUGAAUCGCUGAAAUUCUGGAGGACUCGCUUUCUCCUCCUGCCUGCUUGCAUCAGUGCCACAAAGCGUAUUAUGGAGGGAGAGGUACACUGUGAUGUGUAUGGAGACAAACCCCGUUCUGAUGAGGAAGAGUGGCAGCUUCUAGAUGGGUUCAUUCGCUUUGUGGAAGGUUUGAACCGCAUUCGUCGGCGCCAUCGAUCCGAUCGAAUGAUUCGAAAAGGGUCUGCCAUGAAAGGCCUGCAGAUCUCUGGUCCGCUCCCCACCCACUCUCUGGAGCAGUCUGGGCCUCCCAUAGGGAAGAAAGGAACGUCAGCUCUCUCAGCUCUGCUGGAGAUGGAAGCCAAUCAGAAGAGUCUGGGGGAGCAGCAGACAGCAGUGCUUUCUGGAAAGAGCUCUGGGCAGCCCUCAGAGAGUGGGAGCAUUGCUAUCACACCUACUUAUAUGGACAGCCCUCGUAAGGAUGGGGCCUUCUUUAUGGAUUUUGUUCGCAGCCCUCGCUCAGCUUCAACCUUCUUCUCACAGGUCUCUAUAGAUCAAUCAGUUCCUGGAACCUCAGAUGCCAGUACAUUGAUAAACACAGGGCAGUCAGCUGAGAGGGGCAGCACUCAGAGCUUGGGAAGUUCCCAGAGCACAACAGAACAAGGAUAUGUCCCAGCUGGUGCUGCAGAGGGCAGCUCUCAGCAGUGCUCAGUAAGUUCUCUGACUUCCUCUUCCACCUUGAUGGAGAUUCUUGAAGCCAUGAAACAUCCCACCACAGGGAUCCAGCUACUCUCUGAGCAGAAGGGCCUCUCUCCGUCCUGUUUCAUCAGUGCAGAAGUUGUGCACUGGUUGGUGAAUCACGUGGAAGGUGUGCAAACUCAUGCCAUGGCAAUUGACUUAAUGCAGAAAAUGCUAGAAGAGCAGCUGAUUGUCCAUGCAUCCGGAGAAGCUCUACGAACCUUUAUUUAUGGCUUUUAUUUCUACAAGAUUGUUGGGGACAAAGAACCUGACAGAGUGGGCAUGCAGCAGCCUGCCAUGUGGCACACAGCUGCCAUGGAUGACUUCUCUGCCUUCCAGAGGAAAUGGUUUGAGGUGGCGUUUGUGGCAGAAGAGCUUCUGCACUCGGAAAUCCCUGCGUUCUUCCUGCCCUGGCUGCCCAGCCGCCCGGCCUCCUAUGCAAGUAGGCACAGUUCCUUUAGCCGCAGCUUCGGAGGACGGAGCCAGGCAGCUGCACUAUUAGCUGCCACAGUGCCUGAACAACGGACUGUGACGCUGGAUGUGGAUGUGAAUAACCGCACAGACCGGCUGGAGUGGUGCAGUUGUUAUUAUCAUGGCAAUUUUUCCUUGAAUGCUGCCUUUGAAAUCAAGUUACACUGGAUGGCGGUGACUGCAGCUGUUCUUUUUGAGAUGGUUCAGGGUUGGCAUCGGAAAGCCACAUCUUGUGGGUUCCUGCUGGUUCCAGUCCUGGAAGGCCCCUUUGCAUUGCCCAGCUACUUGUAUGGAGACCCACUUCGAGCUCAGCUGUUCAUCCCACUCAACGUUAGCUGCUUGCUGAAGGAGGGUAGUGAGCACUUGUUUGAUGGCUUUGAACCAGAAACAUACUGGGACCGUAUGCAUCUUCUGCAGGAAGCAAUAGCAUACAGAUUUGGAUUUGUGCAGGACAAGUACUCGGCUUCUGCAUUCAACUUUCCAGCUGAGAACAAGCCUCAGUAUAUCCAUGUCACAGGGACGGUGUUUUUGCAGCUGCCAUAUUCCAAGCGGAAAUUCUCCUGCGGGCAGCAGCGACGCCGGCGCAACUCCACCAGCUCCACCACCCAGAACAUGUUCUGUGAGGAGCGCAUUGGUUACAACUGGGCCUACAACACCAUGUUGACCAAAACGUGGCGGUCCAGCGCCACCGGGGAUGAGAAGUUUGCUGAUCGGCUGCUGAAAGACUUCACAGAUUUCUGCUGGAACAAGGACAGCCGGCUCGUGCUCUUCUGGACAGACUGCCUGGAUAAGAUGCAUGCCAGUGCCCCGUGAGAUGGGGCUUUGUCUCAUGAGGAGAAAGCUUUACCUUGUGGCAAGGAAGCAGAAGAAGAGAAUGACUGGAAAUAGCCCGUCUGGUGGUUUUGUCCUGUGGCUCCAAGCGGACCUGAUCAAUAUAGCUGUUGAUAUUCAACUGAAUUUGAUUAAGCCCUUGGAAAAAGAACCUGAGCUCUUGGCUUGCUUCUACCUGUCACCUGACUGCCACUUGGUAUUGAGUUGAUGCAGUCCUUAGUUGCCAAAAUUUCAGUCAGAGCAGAGGUAAAGCAAGAAAAAUGCCAAUGAUCUUCAAGGGCAGUUCCAUUCAGCACAGAAUGAUGGGGGCGGCUAAUGGGCACUGGAAGUGGUCGGUGCUGUUUGCCUGCUAUGGCAGGCUGCAGGCCCUCCCUUCUCCUUUUGAGGUGUACCUCAAAUAUUGUGUGAAUAUGUACGAUAAAGUGUGAGAGAUGACUGUUAAAUUUCAUAUGUGUAAAUAAGUAAAAAUGCUGAAAAUUGA